CCCUCGGCGCGCGCGCUGCCUAUCUGAAAGCGCAGAUCCGGUGUAUGUGCGACAGUGCCAUCAGCUCUGUCAAGAGCCUCUUCGGCGCGAAGGAUUCGCGGAAAAAUGGCCGAGAGGCCUCGCAGAAAGAGGUGACGGCCGCCACGCCUGGCUCGCUCUGGUUCACUCCGGAGGCCGGCUGGCCAAAGGGAGCCAAGUGGCCCGGGAAGGCGCCGCGCUCGCUGCUGCCGACACGCGAGGAGAGCCCGGAGCUCUUCUUCCUGCCGCCGGCGCUCGGCGAGCUGCGCGUGGAGGUGCUCGAGGCGGAGGGCUUAAAGAAGUCCGACACCUUUUCGGAGAACGACGUCUUUGCGCUGGUCGUCUUCGAGGGCGCCGCGGCGGUCAGCUCGGUGCUCGACAACGCGGCGCACCCGAGGUGGACUCCGCGCCACGCGCGCGCCUUCAAGUUCUCGCCGCGCCGGCCGCACUCGAGACUGUGCGUCGCGCUCUUCGACGAGGACAUGGUGGGCGACGACGAUCCGCUCGGGCGCGCCGAGAUCCCGCUCGCUGCGCUGCACCCGUUGACCGAGUACGAUGUCUGGAUGCCGCUUCAGAAGGCGCCCUACACGCUGCACAUGCGCAAGUACGGCCGCGUCCGACUCCGCUUCUCGAUCCAGUGGUACUCCGAGACGGACCGGUUACUGCGCUACCCCGCGGCGCUCUCAGGCUCGGAGCCGCCGCACGUGCUUCCGUUCAAGCAGCGGCGCUGGAGCGAGGCGGCCUCAUUCGCUGCGAACGGCCCGCCCCUCGACAAGAACUUCAAGAUGAGCGUCUGCGUCGCGCGCUUCAACGAGCUGUACGAGGUCGUCGGCGUGACGAGCCUCGCCACGCACGCGCUAAAGUCGCUCGUCUGCUACAGGGACGGCAACGUGCUCUCGUCGGCGCUGGUGGGCCUACUAUGGCAGCUCUGCUGCGUCAAACCGAACCUGCUCCCCUCGUGCGGCCCGCUCCUCCUCCUCGCCAUCCUGUCGGUCAAGCACGCGCACUCGCGCGCGUACAUGCCCGGUGUGAUGCAGACGCCGUCGGCGUGGCGAAUCAUGCGCGGCAUGCUGCCGCAGCUGCCGCCUGUGCUGCCGCCGCCGCGCGGCAAGCGGCUGCCGCCGCUCGCCCGGCCAGCCGACGACUCUGGCGACGAGCUGUCCGACGAGGACUCGGACGACGAGCGGCCGCCAACCUACGAGGAGGAGCUGGAGGAGCUGGUGCUGAUGCGCGACGCGCGGGCGGUCAAGCGGGAGAAGGCCAAGGAGGAGGAGCGCAAGAAGGCGGCGGCGCGCGAGGCCAGGGGCGAGAAGCUCGAUGACGAGCUCGCGACGCAGGGCAUCGCCGGCGCUCUCGCGCGGCAAAACAGCAGCCUCAGCAAGAGCAAGCUGCAAAAGGUGAGCGAGGUGGUCUCGCUCAACAACUUGGACCUCAAGCACCUGCAUGACCUCAACCCGAUCCAGCGAAUGCUCACCGCCUACCUCGCGCCAAAGCAGAAGCGGCUCGGAGAGACGCUGCAGUCCCUCCGCUCUCUCCGCGGCCUCUUCGAGUGGCGCGACCCGCUCGCGACAUGGUGGCUCGCGCUGCUGCUCGCGGCCGCCGCCCUACUCCUCGCGCUGCCGCCGUGGCAGCGCAUCAUGCAGCUGCUCGGCGCCGCGCUCUUCGGGCCGCACAUGUACUUUGUCGGGCGGAUGCGUGCCGUGCAGCUCGCGAUGGGCUUCGACGCAGAGACUUGCAGCGAGGCGCUCGGGACUAUCCUCGAGGGGCUGCACUCGCACGAGACCGUACCCCCACGCCCUCCGCUCCCUGUCCUCGAGGCGCUCGAGGCGCGCUUCCGGCACGCGGACUCUGCCGGGCAGAGGGCGAUGCUCGAGGCCGCGCUCUCCAAGGAGGAGGCGGAGGAGGCGGCGGCCGAGGUGGCCGAGGAGAAGCGCAAAAAGGCGGCCUACCGGAAGCAGCUCGAGCGAGAGAAGCUCUCCGCCGAGCAGAAGCGGCUCCGCUUCGCCGCGCUCGCGCGCGCCGGCCACCCGCUGGUGGUGCCGUCGCACCCGCUCACCUUCAACAAGCACUUUUACGAGCUCGACCCGUACAAUUCGCGCGCCUAUCCCACCGAGGACGCCGACGCGGAGCGCAAGCGCAAGCUCGCCGCUGAGCAGGCCGAGAGGGAGAAGUGA